GGGGCCGCGCGGAGUCAGCGCAGCCAGGGAUGAGAAACUUGUCCCGGAUAUUUACCUAACUAUACCUGGGUUUACCGACGCGGUCCGUUCCGAGGUCCUUACAGCGGACAACCAGGUGGGAAAUGAUCCGUCCAUGAAGCGAGAAGACCGAGGUCCCCUCUCAGUGACGAACUGAGGACAGGGUAUUUGUCUUGAGAGGGAGGCAGAGUUACCGUGGUAACAGACAUGCCAAAACCAGACCUACUUUGCCUUGUUCAGCUGCUGGACGGCACCAUUGAGACCUUCAGAGUGAGCAAGCAGGAUGAAGGUGUAGUUCUUUUGGACUUGGUGUGUGACCACCUGGGCUUGCAGGAGAGGCAGCUCUUCAGUCUGCAGAUCAGAGAAUCCAGCACAGCCAUUGCCUCUAUCACAGCCAACACACACUCUCCUAGAUGGUUGGAGCCCGAGAAGCCCUUGAAGAAGCAGAUUAAAGGUCUUGUGUCCCCCUUUUAUCUAAACUUCAGAGUACGAUUCUUCAUCUCUGAUCCUAAUUCUCUGCAGUAUGAGCAGACAAGGCACCUGUACUUCCUCCAGAUUAGGAGCGACAUUAGAGAAGGACGGUUGCAGUGCCCGCUGAGUGCAGCUGUAGUGCUGGCUUCUUAUGCUGUGCAGUCGGAGAUGGGGGAUCACUGUCCGUCCAGACUCCAUGGUUACCUCUCAAAAUGCCACUUCAUCCCCGAACAGGAUGAAGACUUCUUAUCUAAAGUGGAAGAUCUGCAUCCACAGCACAAGGGGCUUAAGCAGUGUGAGGCAGAGUUGUGUUUUCUCAACACAGCACGGACGCUAGAGCUGUAUGGAGUGGAGCUGCAUGCUGCCAUGGAUAUCAACAAUGCACCUCUCAUGGUGGGUUUGGCCUCAAGUGGUGUUGCAAUAUUCUGUAACAUGAUUUGCUCCAGUUUCUUUCCUUGGGAGAACAUCAUCAAGAUUUCAUUUAAGAGGAAACGCUUCCUCAUUCACCUGAAACGUAAACAUGGGGAGACCCAAGACUGUGAGGUGUCUUUUGUCUUGCCCUGUCCCAAGACUUGUAAGAGCCUGUGGCGGUCCUGUGUGGAUCAUCACUCCUUCUUCUCCUCCAACCGCACUGCAAGGAACCUCAAACAGAACAGCACAGUUCAGACCUACAGAAAGCUGAUAACACAACAUCUUGGCCUCAGCAACAGUAAAACUGAAACUGGUCCAGUGUGCCAGCGUGUGGUCGGAGGGAUGGUCUGGAAUCCAGUCUUGAGGAGGUCACUUUCAUCAGAGCAUCUCGAGACCAAGAGUCUGCCCUCCAGAUCUCCCCCAUCCACCCCCAACUGGCGAAGUCCCAGAGUUCGCCAUGGGAUUCGUAAACCUCGGCCAUCCUCGGUAGAGCUCAACAAUGACCUGAAAGACAUGUCAGAGGGGGAGGAUGUCUUCUACACAUACAGGGUCUCUGUGAGCAGCAGCAAGGACAGUGAAGGAGACUUCUCAUCGCAACACCUAGGACCAGAUGGGGCUUUGUUGCAAACCGAUGACAGCAUAGGAGAGGAGGACAGCCCGCCCCACUAUGAAAAGGGGGCUCUUGGCGACGGUGACCUGAUGUUAAUAUGUAUCACUCCAGACUGUGAGGGCAAGUUUGGCUUUAACGUUAAAGGUGGUGUGGAUCAGAAGAUGCCUCUAUCCAUAUCCCAUGUUAAACCGGACUCCCCGGCAGGUCGAUCUGAGCCCAGGCUACUGGAGGGUGACCAGGUGGUGCUCAUCAAUGGUCGAGACAUUUCUGAGCACACACAUGACCAAGUUGUCAUGUUCAUCCGAGCCAGUAGAGAGUCGCACUCCAGACAGCUGGCCUUGCUCAUCAGACGUAAAGGUCCUGGCCGAGUGGCACCCCUGCUGCAGCUACUUCCCACCCUCACACUCACCGACCAAUCACAGGAAAAGAACCCACAGUCACCUGGCCAGUCAGAGCAGGUCAAAACCUUGGAGGAAUCGAUGAGACAGCUGGAAAAAGGGAUACAGUCUGGCACAUUGUGCUUCCAUUUUGAGAAUUUACAAAGAAGAAAGCAUGGUUUGUCACUAAGCUGUGCCCGACUUCCUGAGAACCUGGACAAGAAUCGAUACAGGGAUGUUUUGCCUUAUGAUGCUACCAGAGUGGUACUGCAGGGUCAGGAAGACUACAUCAAUGCCAGCCAUAUCACGGUGGCGCCCCCAGUGUCUGGUGUAUGUUUACGUUAUAUUGCGGCUCAGGGUCCCCUGCCACAGACCUGCACUCACUUUUGGCAGAGCGUGUGGGAGCAACAGAUACACACCAUCAUCAUGCUUACAACUCUAACAGAGCGGGGACGGACCAAGUGUCACCAGUACUGGCCGCAUCCUCCGGAAGUGAAGGAUUAUGGAAACAUGAGAGUGCAGUGCCACUCAGAGGAGUGUAACCUGGCAUAUGUGACUCGGCAGUUCACCCUGAAACACACACAGCUUGGUGAGGAACGAGCAGUCACACACCUGCAGUAUGUCGCGUGGCCGGACCACGGCGUCCCAGACGACCCUUCUGACUUUCUGCUGUUCAUCACCUCAGUGAGGGAGAGAAGGAGAGGUGAAGAGCCGUUAAUGGUACAUUGCAGUGCUGGGAUUGGACGGACAGGUGUUCUGAUCACCAUGGAAACAGCCCUGACACUGUUGGAUAAGGGUCGGCCGGUACUCCCGCUGGACAUUGUCAAAACACUGAGAGAUCAGCGGGCUAUGAUGGUUCAGACCACGAGUCAGUUCCAGUUUGUGUGUGAGGCCAUUCUUCAAGUCUACAAUAAGAAACAGGAGAAGUCUACAACACCAUAAGCCAAAUCAUCAACAGAACCAGACCAGACCUCUCUGCCUCAACUCAUAGUAGGCGACUUGCACAGAAAGCUACAGAGCUCAAACAGAUUAAGCUUAUAGGACUGGAACAUGGACUGGAUAAUGACGGUAUAACAAGCUUCAGAGCACAGCUGUCUGUGGUUUGUGUGGCUGUGUGAGGGUAUGAAUCAUACACCUUGUCAGCCUUAGUAUUUGCUAAAAGUGCAUAAAGCUUAUAGAGACUUCUGUCUCUGUAGAGGCUAAUAUAAGACUGACGUGAGCUGCUAAUUCUCAUGCAAGAGGGGUCACAAGAAUGAUACUUCUUAUUAAACUACGUGUGCCUUAGACCGAUGCUUCGCAGUCCAUAGAUCCAUCAAGGGCAGCAGAGACUGACUAGGGUUGUUGUAAUCUUUAGUUUAUCUCCCAAGAGGAGAAGCAAAGCUGACUUUAGAUCACUACAGCAGAUACUGUACAGUCAGGGGUUUGCAGACUGAAUGCUGUCUUCCAUGGGAGCACCAAAUCCAAUGUUUAUCACUUUUAAAUUAUUCAGAAACUAAAUAAACACACUGAUUUAUA